AGCGGCUCUGGGGCGAACGGAGCGCAGGGCGCAGGGGCUGGACCCGGCGCGAGCAAGCGGAGCCGGAGCGUCCUUUGUGCCGCGCGACCGCCCCGGGAUGCGUCCGAGCUAGGAGUCAGGUCCAGGAUGGGGGCCGUGUCUGUCUGGGCCUCAGGCCUCCUGAUGCUCCAGAUGCUGCUGUUUGUGGCUGGGGAACAGAGCACCCAUGACGUCUCUGCUGCUGCCUCCACCACCAUCGACAAGGGGCUCCACAUGCAGAAGGUGGGGUCGGGGUUGGUUCGGGCCGCGUUGGCAGAGCUGGUAGCCCUGCCCUGUCUCUUCACCCUGCGGCCAUGGCCAGGUGCAGCCCGAGAAGCCCCUCGAAUCAAGUGGACCAAGGUGCGGACUGCAUCGGGCCAGCGGCAGGACUUGCCCAUCCUGGUGGCCAAGGACAAUGUGGUUCGAGUGGCCAAGGGCUGGCAGGGACGCGUGUCACUGCCUGCCUACCCCCGGCACCGGGCCAACGCGACGCUACUACUGGGACCACUGAGGGCCAGUGACUCUGGACUCUACCGCUGCCAGGUGGUGAGAGGCAUCGAGGAUGAGCAGGACCUGGUGCCCCUGGAGGUGACAGGUGUUGUGUUCCACUACCGGGCAGCUCAGGAUCGCUAUGCACUGACCUUCGCAGAGGCCCAGGAGGCCUGCCGUCUCAGCUCGGCCACCAUUGCAGCCCCACGGCACCUGCAGGCUGCCUUUGAAGAUGGCUUUGACAACUGUGAUGCGGGGUGGCUCUCUGACCGCACUGUUCGGUAUCCUAUCACCCAGUCCCGUCCUGGUUGCUAUGGCGACCGUAGCAGCCUUCCAGGGGUGCGGAGCUAUGGCAGGCGGGACCCACAGGAACUCUACGAUGUGUACUGCUUUGCCCGUGAGCUGGGGGGCGAGGUCUUCUAUGUGGGCCCGGCCCGCCGCCUGACACUGGCCGGCGCGCGUGCCCAGUGCCGCCGCCAGGGCGCCGCGCUAGCCUCGGUGGGACAGCUGCACUUGGCCUGGCACGAGGGCCUGGACCAGUGCGACCCGGGCUGGCUGGCCGAUGGCAGCGUGCGUUACCCGAUCCAGACGCCGCGCCGGCGCUGCGGGGGCCCAGCCCCGGGCGUGCGCACAGUCUACCGUUUCGCCAACCGCACCGGCUUCCCGGCGCCCGGAGAGCGCUUCGAUGCCUACUGCUUCCGAGCUCAUCACCCUACACCACAUCAACAUGGAGACCCAGAGACCCCCUCGUCUGGGGAUGAGGGGGAGAUUCUGUCCGCAGAAGGGCCCCCAGCCCAAGAACUGGAGCCCAGCAUUAGGGAGGAGAUGGUCACCCCUGACUUCCAGGAGCCUCUCGUGUCCAGUGGGGAGGAAGAACCUCUGAUUUUGGCAGGGAAGCAGGAGUCUCAGGAGACCCCCAGCCCUGCCCCUGGAGGCUUCACGCUAGCCUCAAGGCCCUCCCUGGAGGCUGAAGAGGUGUGGCUGAGCACAGCGGCCCCCAGCUCCAGCAGUCCUAGCAUUGCAGUGGGCACACACACGGAGGCAACUCCAACUGGCCCCAUACCCAGGAGGAGGGGACGCUUUAAAGGGUUGAACGGCCGCCACUUCCAGCAGCAGGAACCCCAGCAAGGCCUGGAGAUGGGGCUUGAGGCCGGCACCCAGCCCCCAACUCCAGAGGCUGCUGGGAAUCACGUAGAGCCUCCGCUGGCCACGGGAGCCACAGAUGCCUCAGGGAGUAGCCGGAGCCAAAGCCCCUGGGCCAUGCUGACCAAUGAGGUGGAUGUGCCUGAAGCUGGUUCCCCUGGUGGCAAGAGCCCCCCAGAGCCCUGGCUGUGGCCCCCAACUGUGGUCCCACCCAGCAUCCCCGGCCCCAGCAGGGUCCUUGAUCUGAGACUAGAGGAAGCCAAGGGCCCCAGUGUGAGGCCAGCCACUCCUGACCUGCCCUUGUCCCCCUCAGAGGCCACCUUCCUGGCACCUGGCCCCUCAGAAGGCCCCAGCAUUGCCUCCUGGGAGGUAUCCCCCAUGGUCUCUUCCCCAGACCUACCUAUCAUGGCCAUGCUGCGGGCCCCAAAACUGUGGGUACAUCCACACCCUACGUCCCUCCCCACGCAGGCCGACAGGGUCACGGGGCAUAGUGAGGCCAUGGCCACUGGCCCACCCUCUCCCGCCUCAGAGACUGAGGCUGUCCCCCAGGACCCCAUCCAUCUAGAGGUGCAUUCCCUGUCCCUCUCCUCAGUCCCAACAGGACAGGGUAGAGAGGCCACAUCCCCAACAGUUGGCAGCCACAGAGCAGGACGUCCAGUAGCUUCUUCGCAGACAGCCACAGACACACAAGCUGGAGCCAGUCCUAACCAUCCCAGGGCAAACUUCGGAGAAACUGGGGGGACCAGCCCUACUGGGCUCAGCAAAGCUGAGCUCCCCAGAUCCAGCCCACAAGCUUCUGUGGACAGGGAUGUGGCAGAAGAUUUCACCCCCACUGAGACAACCACUGAGCCCACAGGAGUGAGAGACAUCUCAGAGUCUGGGUCUGGGGUCGUCAGCACAGCGGAAAGCUCCAGUUCCAGCUCUCAGGCCACCGUGGACGAGGCACAGGGCACGUGGCCCUCAUUGCACAGUGAAGGGCUGGACUCCCACCCUCCAUCUGCACCCUCAGGGGGCCCCAGAGUCUUCUUAAUCCCUGGGGUCACCCCGAGUUCAGAGUCUUGGGCUGCUAUAAAUGGAGAAGCCAUGUUGGGGCCCACGGAUUCCACAGCCACACUGGACGCCAGUGAUGCUGGUGGGAUUUGGGAACAUGGAUCCCACGGGGUUGAGGGAGCCGAAAGCCCCACCUUGAGCCCUCAAGUGGCUGUGGAUUCAAGCAUGGUGAUGUCCCUCUUGUCCCUGGACCAGGGGGACAAGGUUGGGGUCCUGGCCAUGUCCACAGUGGCCUCCUCAAGCUCCCAACCCCAUCCAGAACCAGAGGGCCAGACGGUGACCCCGGGAACCCUGGGAGCCUUGGCCCCUUCACAUGAGAGCAGCCCCCGGGGGGAGCCUGUUUUUCCUUCUUGGACACCGACGGCUGUCAGCGUUGACAAGCCUGCCUCAGUUUCCUCAGGAGAGCCUACAGUGCCGGGAGACUCCCCCAGCACCCCUCCGCCUGCCUCUCUGGGCCCAGAGGAGUUUGAGCUGGAGGUCCUGGCAGGGAGCCCAGGUAUGGAGGGCUUCUGGGAGGAGGCAGCGAGUGGAGAAGAGCCGACCCUGCCAGGGACCCCUGCAAAUGGGAGUGCAGAAGAGGCCCCCUUGGAUCCGUGCGAAAACAACCCGUGCCUGCAUGGAGGCACCUGUAAAGCCAACGGCACCAUGUAUGGCUGUAGCUGUGACCAGGGCUUCGCCGGGGAGAACUGUGAGAUUGAUAUUGAUGAGUGCGUCUCCAGCCCCUGUGAGAAUGGAGGCACCUGCAUUGACGAGGUCAACACGUUCGUCUGCCUUUGCCUCCCCAGCUAUGGGGGCAGCCUCUGCGAGAAAGACACAGAGGGCUGUGACCACGGCUGGCACAAGUUCCAAGGCCACUGCUACCGCUACUUUGCCCAUCGACGGGCGUGGGAGGACGCCGAGAGGGACUGCCGCCGCCGGGCUGGCCACCUGACCAGCAUCCACUCACCUGAGGAACACAGCUUCAUUAACAGCUUUGGGCGUGAAAACACAUGGAUCGGCCUGAAUGACCGGAUCGUGGAGAGGGAUUUCCAGUGGACGGACAACACAGGGCUGCAAUAUGAGAACUGGAGGGAGAACCAGCCUGACAAUUUCUUCGCGGGCGGGGAGGACUGUGUGGUGAUGGUUGCACACGAGAGCGGGCGCUGGAACGAUGUUCCCUGCAACUACAACCUCCCGUAUGUCUGUAAGAAGGGAACAGUACUGUGUGGUCCCCCUCCAGCAGUCCAGAACGCCUCACCCAUCGGUGCUCGCAAGGCCAAGUAUAACGUCCAUGCCACUGUCCGGUAUCAAUGUGAUGAAGGAUUUACCCAGCACCAUGUGGCUGUCAUCCGAUGCCGGAGCAAUGGCAAGUGGGACCAGCCCCAGAUCAUCUGCACCAAACCCAGACGGUCGCAUCGGAUGCGACGACACCAUCACCACCACCAGCACCACCACCAGCAUCACCACCACAAAUCGCGCAAGGAACGCAGAAAACACAAGAAACACCCAGUGGAGGACUGGGAGAAGGAAGAAGGGAAUUUCUGCUGAAGAACCAGGCAAAAGGAAGCACAACCCCUUUCCCACACCUUCUCUGGAGACUUCACCUGGGGAGACAGAGCCCAGAGAAAAACAAGAGGGUCUGGAAUCCCCUGAGCCCCAAACCACAUCCCCCCUCCAUAACCCUUUGUAAAAAGCUCCUCUCUCCUCUUUCUUAUAUACACAAGGUCUGCUUGGCAGGCAAAGCCAGGUGUCUGAAAAGUCAGUUCGAGUCAGGCUGAACUCUGGGAGCAUCUCCCAGUGAAGGGAAGCACAUUAUGGCAAAGAUCAUUCUUUGCACUGGUUAAGUCUUGUGUUGGCGAGGCUGACUACCACUUGUUGAAAUAAGGCUUUGAUGUGGGUGCAAGAGUGUCUGGAUUCACACUAAGGAAUUGCUUAUCACACCAGACAUGCAGGCUUAGUAAACCAUCAGAGGUCCUAAAUGCAGGCUGAAGCUUUUAGUUAAGGUCGUUGGCUUUGGGAGUUGAAAGCACACUACUUGAACUUGACAGUUGCUCUCCCUUCACCCUGGACUUCAGCCCAAGUUCUGUCUUUGGUCUUGGGGGAAUAAAUGGAGUGUGGAACUCCUAUGUAUUGAAUUUUAGGAAUGUUUUAGAACAACCUCCUUCUGUGCCCUCAGAGUUAGGGGUCAGAAUAGUCAGAGCAAUAUAUGGGCAAUGGAGGGAAGGUGUAUUGCUUACCCUCCCAGGUCGAGUCCAGUGCUGAGAUUUGGUGGUUCUGUAUGUGUGGUGAAUCUCUCACACACACGGAUGAGAGGAUGUUUAGGGCUUGAUGAGCCCAGAUUUCUUCCCCCUCCAUCUCUCAGGGAGACAAAGAACCUCCUUCCUGGACCAAGGAGGUGCCAAGUUUUCUAGCUCAGUGCCCAUACCCGUCCCUCAAGAGACAUCGGUAGUGCCCCUGCCCUGGGUCCCGCUCCUACUCCUGCCCCAUCCCUGUCUCCAUUCAUUGCCUGGAGGACUAGAAAACGCUUAAAACUUGAAGUAGUGACAUCUACCUGCAGUUAUGUUGUAGAGAAAUGCACAGUGUUAAAACCGAAACACACACACAUACACAUGAACACACACACACACACACACACACACACACACACAUUUUUCUCUCAUCGUUUUUAAAAAUCUUUUAAGUGGGAAAGAACUGACUAAAUCUGUUCCCCCAAAUCUGCAACCUAUAAAAGAACUUUCCAGGCCAAAGGCCAGGAUUCAGCUCCUUGAUCUCUGGCGGGAAGAACCUACAGCUUAUCCUCUAUAUUUUGUCCACUCUCAACUUCUCUACUCUGGGCAAAAUCUGUGGAUUUGUGUUAAAAACACAACAAUGGGGAAUGGCCCUCUGCAGGAAAGAAAAAUAAGCAAACAUAUGGUUCAAGGGUUCAGUAGAGAAAGAAAUGUGUUCAUUGAGCCUAUGUUCCUCCUGGGAAGUAAUAAUCAUAGUUGACAACUAUGGAGUCUGUACUGUGCUAAGGACUCACACACUAUCUCCUUGAAUCUUCUCAACAGCCCGGUGAUUUUGGAACCAUUAUUUCCCCAUUUUACACAUGACAAAACUGAGGCUCAGAUAAGAGAAAGGCACUGGUUUGAAGUCACAGCCAAGACAGGAGCAAGGAUUUUGUCCCUCCUCUGUGACUCCAAACACUGCUCUUUACUUUGGGGGAAAGGGUUGAAACAUAAUCGCACUCUCUCACAUCCACAGGCAGACUUAGGAAAAGAUUGAGAAGUGCAAGCUAGACCCUUAUCUUUGACCAUGGUCAUCAGUCUUCCCUGCUACAGACAUUAUCCACUGUUCCACCUUACAGUUAUAGAGAAAGCCCAGGGAUGUACAUUUGCCUUCUUGCUUUGAUAAUUUUUUUGGUUUAAAAAAUAUAAUAACACAUCUUCAGUAAUUCACGUCAUAAAAUGAUUUUCCUUUGGGGGUGGUGCUGGGGAUGCAACUUUUUUGGGGGGUCUUGGUUUAUGCUCCCUGCCCUUGGCCCCCUUAGUCCCUUGCUCUGCCUCCACCCCAGCUCCAUGGUGGGAGGGGGCUUGGUCUUUUCUAAAGUGGGUGGUUUGUCUUUUAGUCUUUCCCUUGGGGAUGUGCGUGUGUGUUUGCGUGUGCCGCGUACGUGGCAUGCGUGUGAGUCUGUGUGCGUGUGAACAGCUUCAGGUUCUGCUGGUUUUGCUGUGAGCUGCAGUGUUCUGUGGGUCUGUGGUAUCUGACACUGUGGACAUUAAUGUACUUCUUGGACAUUUUAAUAAAAUUUUUUAACA